UGGAAAAGUUGUUAUAAAGAAUAUGUCUUAUGUAUAGUCUGAGCAAUGGGCUUGCUGACUAUGACAACUUCUCUAUUCUCCUUCGCAAUCUCUAUCUUGGGUCCUUGUCCGUCUUCCCAACUUCCAACUUUUGCUGAGGAAAAUGACUUUAAAGUAAGAGGGUUAUGAAUCUUGGAAAUGGCUGAGCUGCAAGGGCCCAACUGAUGGAGACCGUUUGGAUUACUCUGAUUUGCUCAAGAAGCUUUUGUAUACCUUGAAAAAGCAGAGUUUCAAGGAGAAAAUAGUUUGCGGUUAUUCAGAGCUGUCGUAGUCACUUGAUUCUUCGAUUUCUCUUUGGCUAGUCUUUUCUUAGUUGGUGUUUUAGUAUUCUGGCUCUUACUCUUAGACUUAGGUUUAAUCAGUGCUUCUAAUUUGUCCAUGUUUUUGACCUCAAGGAAUGAUGGAAGGAUUGCUCCUCGUCCAUAUCCAUGCCUAUCAACAUUUAAAUCAGGAAUUUUUGUCUCUAGUUGACUGUUAUCUGAAGCAUUAGAAGAGAGAACUGAUUUUGAGUGAGAAUCUGAAACCUCUGUAGUUUUAGUUCUUUUAGUCUGCUUAGGAGCAGCUUUGAACCAAGGUUCUUCUUGUGAUGCAUCAUAAAUGCACUCAAGAAAAAGAUCUUUCUUCUUAUACCCUAAUUUGGUUUUCUUCUCUUUGUCUGCUUUCCUCUUCAACGCUUGUCUACUUUGAGAAUUUUUCAUGCUCAUCUUGAUUAAUUUAUAGU